GAAAAAUAUCUUUUGUAUUUUUUUGCGUAAUUUACUUCUAAACCUAAUGUUUCAAAGUCAAAUUAUAAGUUUAUACCUUGAGGCUAUGUCACAUUAACAUAAUUAUCAGGUCAAUAUUUGACAGAACAUUUUUGACCAGGAUAUAUAAAACAUGCAGGCUAGGUUUCAUCUGUCAACAGAGUAGAAUAUAGGAAUUGCAUUAUGCUGAUUCUAAGGCUUUGAUCGCUGACAAAGACUUGUAAUUACGUGACACAACAAGUACUUUAUGAAAUCAAUAGGAUUCUAAACGGAUUUAAGAUCAAAUGUCGAAACAAGAAUUGUUAAUUUCAAAAUCUGCAUGAAAUCUUGAAAGUGCAGAAAAUCAUUUAUUUUACGAUGGAUACAACUUCACAGGUUUACAUAUCAUUAGAGGUUGUGAUUGGAGCAAUUUCUGUUGUUGGAAACACUAUGGUCCUUUUAGCAAUAUAUAAAAACAUGAAACUCCGAACUGUUACCAAUACGUUCAUCGGAAGUCUUGCUUUGGCUGAUUUACUAGUAGGGAUAUUGGUCUCCCCGCUAGCGGCUCUUAGUUACCUAGGACUUCCAGCAGACUACAUGUGGUGUGUUUUUACUAACUCAGUUAUUGUUGUUUUUACCCAAAUUUCUAUUUUCAACUUGUGUGCCAUUGCUGUUGAAAGAUUUAUCGCCAUCAAAAGUCCAUAUUUCUACCAGGAGCACUUGACGAUUAAAGUAGCAAUUAUCAUCAGCAUUAUAGCAUGGAUCGCUGGUAUGAUAGUUGGGUUUACUCCCAUGUUUGGCUGGAAUCUAGGUCCAAUGACAGACAAUAAAUGUGCAUUUCUCAGCGUCAUAGACAUGAAUUAUUUGGUGUAUUUCAACUUUUUCGGCUUCGUGUUGACACCACUAGUAAUCAUGCUUUUAAUUUAUCUGUACAUCUAUUAUAUUGUUCGCCAGCAACUUGUUAAAAUAGCUGCACUAGAAAUUGUAAAUCAAAAUGCACAAAAAAAGCAGAAACUGAAUUUUGCAAAAGAAGUUAAAGCAGCCAAAUCUUUAGCCAUAGUUAUUGGUGUGUUUGCCCUCUGUUGGCUGCCUAUCCAUAUCUUAAAUAGUAUAUCACUGAUCUGCAAGGGAAAUAACUGUAUCUAUCCUUAUAAACUAUUACUGGCAGGCAUUUUACUUAGCCAUAUCAACUCUGCCGUAAAUCCAUUUCUGUAUGCCAUCGGUAACAGCCAAUUUCAACUUGCUUUUAAAAGGAUGUUCUGUGGAAAAGGAGCUGUAUCUUGGCAGCAUACGCUGACCGAACAGGAGAUAUCAGCCAUGACUAGAAAUGCCGCCAUGGCAAAAGCAAAAAGCACAAACAGUGGCUUCAAUUCCAUCAAUUCAGGACCGAAAACGACUGAUAACGAUUCCGAAAGCUCAACAGAAAAUAAUUUAAAUACGGAAACAAAAACAAAUGAUAAUGUUGGAAAUGGUCAAAUGAAUCCUGUGUUUUAUGUAUAAAAUUGCUAUACCGGUACAUAGGGAAAUUUUUUUGAGAAAACUGACCAAUGAGUUAAUAAUACUCAAAAAUAGUGAUCAUUGUUACAAAUGAAAUAGCAAAAAUUGCAAACUAGACUCAGCUAAAAAGCUGAGCUUGUAAACAGUGAGGGCAAAAACAUUUUGUAACUAUCAUAAAAGUAUGUUGAUAAAAUUUGAUCUCUGAUGUCUUUGUUUUUAAAAUUGUAUGUUUUUCGUUAAAAUAAAAAAAUGUCUUUAACUACAUGAAGUGAUUAUAUGGCAAAGAAAUUUGUAAAAAAAAACCUACCACCAAGAUCUCAAUGUUCAAUUUACAAAACAUUUGAAAUGAAUAAUGUAUGAAUGAUCCAAAGGUUUCAAUCUACAUGUAAAACAAAUGUAUAAUUAAAAUAAUUAAAUUUAAAAUACAUGAUAUAAUAUCACUGAUAUACAAAUUUGAAUGUCUAUAGUAUAGACCUGUAAGUGACGUUAUUCAAUAUGGGAAAUAAAAUCUUUUAAACUUACAAAAAAGGACAUAAAAAUAGUUUUUAAUUAGAAAUUUUGUUCUGUUAAAUUAUGAAUUUGAUAUAGAUUAAUCAAUUACAUCCAAAUUGAUAUUUUUCAAUUAUAUAUUUACACUGUUGAAUAAAUUAGUUUUAAUCAAACCAA